UUUUAAACCGUUCAAGAAAUCGAAUUGUAUGACUUUCAUCAUUUUGGAAUUAUCCAGAGAGCUUAAAGGGUCGUAAGAUAUUCCAGACGAUUUUAGAGUGUUAUUUAAAUUUGGAGCUAAAAGGAGUGCGAAAUGAGUACCGAAUCUGAUACCGCUUUCUUUCUUCUCAUGGAGCAAGGAAAGUUCUCUGAUUGCCGUAUCAAAGUGGGAUCGGAAACUUUUGAUUGCCACAAGAUCAUCUUGGCUAGUGUAUCGGACUAUUUUGAUCGCUUGUUCCUUGCGGAAUCUACAAUUUAUUCGCUGGUUAACGUUAAGCCAGAAACCUUUAAGAAUUUUCUUAAGUACGCAUAUACCCGAAACGAAAAUGAUUUUGACAACUAUUCAAGUGCCAUGAUUAUGGAGCUCUUCGAGUGCGGAUCCAAAUGGUUAGUAAAAUCAAUGACCAACAUCUGCUCUAACCACCUUAAAAUCCAUUGUUAUUCUAUGCCGUAUGGCGAUAUGCUUAAAAUGUUUGAGUUUUCGCAUAAAAUGGAUAAUUUGGAACUGAUCAAUGUUUCUGAAGAACUCAUGACAAAACGCUUUGCUAAGUCAUUGAAUUGCUUCGAGGCACUCCAUUUGACCCCAAACGUAUUUGAGAAGUACGUUCUUGCUACCUCCGAGGUCCUACCAGAAGUCGAACGGUUCAAGAUGAUCCAGGCCUAUCUUGACUUGCACGGCUUAAAAUUUGAUAAAUCAAAUCAGAGUUCGCUGAAGGAAAUCAAAGAUAAAAAGGCCAAAAUAAUUAACAGCGACACAGAGAACGAUGAUUAUGAUCUUCCCGUACCAGAAGAACUUUCCCCACCGACUCUAGGAAUAGGAGAAAUGGAGAAGUGUCAUUUGGAACCACGAAACUCGGAUUUUGUUCAUAAACUUCUUAGCUAUAUUAACUAUAAGUUGAUUUGUAGCCAGGAUUUUUAUGAAGUUGUUGGCAAAUCCGAUUUGUUAACAUUCCAAGAGAAGUUUGAAAAUCUAUACUUAACUAUCAUGAGUUCUGAUAAUAAGGAUGAGGAUUAACAUUUUGCUAGGCAAAGGCUCAAUAUUAAAUUAACGAAUUAACCAAUGAAAGGUUGC